UUAAACUGCAUAUAGGGUUUUCGUCCUCUCGAACAAAUCAGCGAAUCUCAAUAGUUUCCGAAACUCGAAUCAGUUGGUUACCGUGAGUCUGUUUGAUCAGAUAUGGCGUCGGUUUCAUCUGCUUUAAGCAAUAACAGCGGCGACACCACCUCAAUUACCGCCUCCACCGUCGUCAGAACCACCAACAGCCCGAUGCCGAUGAAAGGUUCGAAGAAUCUUCGCGGUCUUAACAAACCUAAAUGCAUCAACUGUGGCAAUGUCGCUCGUUCCAGGUGUCCGUACCAGGCAUGCAAAAGUUGCUGCGCGAAAGCUCAAAAUCCAUGCCAUAUACACGUGUUGAAGAGCAAUCCAUCGCUCCCUGAGAAGGCACCGUCCUCAACCCUAUCUUUUACGGAUCAGCACUCAAACGAAAUAUCCUCAUCUGGGAAUGCACAUAGAGUCACCUCACUUCGGCAGCUCUCGAGUAAUUUUGCUCAAUUUAACAAUUUGCAAACUCCGUCUCGUGCAAGGAAGCCGCUAACAAGAAAGGAGGCGUCUCAGAUUAAUGAAUGGAGGUUUUCAAAGUUGAAGGAAUACGAGGAAAGGAACAUAGAAAUAGAAAACGAAGCUUUCGAUAGAUAUUUGCAAAAUAUCACUCUUUUGGAAGAGGUUUUUACCAAGUAUAAAUCAACUGAUGAAGACGGGAUGGAACAAGGAAAGAGUGAAACGAUGAUAUUAAAUUUGAAAACGAGGCUUAGAGCCAACCCUAUUAGAAGUGAAAAUUUGAGAGACAAAUUGAGGUUCAUUAUUAACAAUGGUCUAAGAAAUCUUAAAACGGAGACCCCUACCGGCAAUGAAGAAACUGAACAUGCUAGCACGCCUAAGAAGGCAAGGUAUUCAACUUUAGUUGAACUCAACAAAAAACUGAGUAGUGCCCGUACACAUGAAGAUCUAAAAUCUUGCCAGCUGCUAAAAGCCCGUCUCUCCAAUCAACCUGAACGGAUAGUUGAAGAAUAUGAGAACAUCGAGGAUGACAAACCUGAACAAAAGUCGGAAAACUACCGGUCAAAAUGGUAUAGCCCAGUUACAAUCAAUCACGAAGCUCUUGGUCACAUUGAUGCACAGUUUUCUUCCCUUGAAGAGAUUGAACGUUUCUGAUCUUUAACUUUUGCCAUAUCUCGGUCUAAUGAUGCAGGACGUAUAAUGAUAUUUAGUAUUGUACCGUUGAUGUACUCUUUAGUAGUUUAGUUUAGAUGAUGAUUCUUAACCUUCGUUUGAAAGUAUGAAAUGUUUUGUUGAAAA